CAUCGUGCCAUCUGGAGAAUGUUCUGAAGAGGAGAGUUGAGGAACAGGGUAAUCCAGUUGGACUCAGGAGGGAGACAACCCGAUCACAGCGGUCCCAUAGAGGGUGAGAGACUUCACUUUCCCUGCAUCGACUGUACCCACAACCAAUAGGGAAAGAUGGCUCGGGAUAUGUCAGACAUUGACAUCCUUAAGAUGGAGCUGGAACAGCUGAAGAAAGAAGUCUCGACACCCAGGGAGCCUGUGUCCAAGACAUCCAAGGAAACCAUGGACUGGUGCGAGGCUGCGUCUGGUACCGACCUCCUGAUAACAGGAGUACCAGAUGAUAAGAACCCCUAUAAGCCUGAGAAGGGAGGCUGCAUAAUCACCUAGACAAACAGCCCCAGGCGGGACAGAGGGGAAAAACAUKAUGUUGUACUCACAUAGGAACACAUGGCAAACUUAUUGCAGCUAUGUAUCACWCUUUACAGUGCUGAAAAGGCUGAAACUGGAGAGAAAAAAUCUGAGAGACGUUCACUAGGUUAGCCAGUUUAGGACAGCACAUCAUGUCACACUGACUAGGCUACACAAGGUCACCAGAGGUCACUGGGAGCUGAGGAGGAGAUUUAUCCCGGGACGAUUCAGGGGAUUAGAGGGAUCACUUGGUUACAAUGGUGUCCUUCCUUUCUCCUUGAUGACCUAUGACCCUAUCCUCCUCACCUGUCAGUUGCCUCUGGCGGUUAUAGAGCUUCCAAACAGGCUCUGGAAUGUUCCAAUUGCACCCACCACUGACUGGCUUUUGAUUUGCUUGUAAAUAAAGUGUACCCAGUACAGCAGUUUCUUUGACGUC